UUCUUAUGUAAUUCGUCAAUGUUAAUUACAAGUUUAAUGUAAUAAUGAACAUACAUAUAUUGCCUGUAGUUGUCCUGGACUGAAAUUGAAAAAUAAUUGUUUUACACAAGAUAUAUAUAUGUACGUAUACAUAGGCUGUGGCUCUACAUCGGUACUCUCGCUGCAACAAAAGGGAUUCCCAACAUACGUAUAAAAAUUCAAUUAACUGGAUAUUAGCAUCCAUUGCCAAACCUCCGUCUUUAAUUGUGGUGCAGAUAUGGCUACCAGUGAUGACGAGCCAAUGCACUUGUAUGAAGUGUUUCAAAACUGUUUCAAUAAAAUAGCAAACAAACAACCAACGGGCACAGCCGGAACUGACCGUGGAGGUGGAGGGGGGUAUCACUCACCUUACGGAAACCUUGGAGUGGAAAAUGGCAUGUAUCCGAGUGACUUUAACUCUAUCCAUGACGCCAAUGGAGGCAACAAUCGAUUUCCUAAUACGACAACGGUUGACCAGUAUUUUGAUUCAGCUGUUACGAGUAGCGGUGCAUGGUGUCCAUCCCAAAUGAACAGUGGUAAUAAUUAUAUGGGACAAGCCUCUUAUCAAAAUACUGUCCCAUUGACUUGUCAUACUUUGGACCAACAAGUGCAUAAUGCGGACGGGCUGUCGAGUGGAACAAGUAUUGGAAUCAACAUGGGUAGCGAAAGUGGUCAUGCUAUGCAUUGUCCAGUGUCAACUUCUCUUCCGCCGAUGAGUUCUUUUAGAGCUAGUGCCGGUAGUUUGCCUAGCAUCAGCGGACAACCUCCUGUCCAUCCACCAGCCAUAUUCAACUCACCACAGGCACACAAUCAAAGCCAAGUAGUACAAGCACAGCAUAGUUCGUUAUCCACGGCUGGGCCGCAUGGUCAUCAUUCGCUCAAUCACACUUCACAUUCUCAUGCCCAUUCCCAUCACAGUCAGCAAAACAGUCCUGCGGUGCAGAGUGCAGAUACAUUCACUGGAGUUAGUUCUGGAGUUAAUGUGAAAGUGGCUGGAGCUGGUAAUUCUUCGGCAACAUCAUUGAGGCAACAAAUGUAUUUACCAGCUAAUGUAGCUGAUCAAAGUAUUAGUAGUUUCGGUUCAAAUCCUUCUACGCCCGUUAAUUCACCACCCCCUUUGACCCAAUCCGUUGGGGAACCGUCUGUUACUGCUUCAGGAGGGUGGGGCCAUUCUGUGUUAAAUGGUGGCACAAAUUCGAGCUACGCGAACGACAUGGUUCCUGUAACUAGUUUACAUACAAUGGCUUCUGUAUUUCAAGGAGUACGCAUGGAAGAAAGAUUAGAUGAUGCACUCAACGUACUGCGCAAUCAUUGUGAGCCCGAAAUUAUACCAAACGUGGCAUCAAUUGACAAUAUAGAUGCAAUGUCUUCAUUUGUUCCCAAUUCACCUUCGCAUCUUUUAAACGUCACCACCGCAGGAAGUGGAAGCUCCUCUGUUACCAACACGUCCAAUACACUUGUUCAUGAAGUUCUGUCUAUGGGAGCUGCUGGAACAUCAGUUCAAACAGUUGGUGAAGAUGGAUUGGCGCAUUUAAAAACAGAUCGAAAUUCAUUAACAUCAACAACUAAACAAACAAAAAAACGGAAGGAACAUACAGUAACCAACACUAUAGCAGCAGUCUGCACCACCUCGAACCUGACUAGCUUAGAUGUUUCCGAUACAAAACCAACAAGCUCUAUAGAAUCAUUAAAUGCAACCCAAUUGCAACAACUUUCGCAGGGUUCAAAAUCAUCAAAAAGACCACGGCGAUACUGCUCCUCGGCGGAUGAUGAUGAUGACGCAGAACCAGCUGUUAAGGCGAUUCGAGAAAAAGAACGUCGUCAGGCCAACAACGCUCGCGAAAGAAUUCGCAUUCGAGAUAUCAAUGAGGCAUUGAAAGAAUUGGGUCGAAUGUGUAUGACACACCUAAAAUCAGAUAAACCACAAACUAAGUUGGGAAUUCUUAAUAUGGCUGUUGAAGUUAUUAUGACCCUGGAGCAACAGGUUCGCGAACGCAAUCUGAAUCCCAAGGCAGCAUGCCUUAAACGACGUGAGGAAGAAAAAGCCGAAGACGGCCCUAAGCUGAGUGGCCAGCAUCACAUGAUACCGCAGCCACCGAUUGGAGCGUCCGGCAGCAGCUAUCACAGCCAACCUACGCAGCUUGUGCCACCGUCAUCACAGACUAUAAGUACCAUGACCAUAUCCUUACCUGUUAACAAUGCUACCAGCGUCCUACCACCACAUUUACAGCAGCAACAACAAACACAACUCGGACACGGUCAGCUUCCGCAAUAGCAUGCACUUAGAAACUCCUCUGAAAUCGCCCCUAUCUUCCAUAAAAACCCAAUGUAUUCAAGACUCUACCAAGUACUCAUUAACCUCGGAAUUCGAGCAUCAGAUUUAAAAAAAUAUAUUUUGGCGUUGUCCUCAAAAAAGGCAGUCUCAUGCAACAUAACUCUUUUAAAAUGUACAACACUUUUAACAAACAUCGCCUAAACGAUUAUCAAUAUGACCAGGUUUACUUAUUAAUAUGAUUGUAUAUAGCUAUUCCAUUAUUUUUUACCUGGG